GUCUAAACUCCAUAAGACCAAAGCUGCCCCAUGGUGAACGAUAGAAUUCCUACACCAUUUCCUUCUUGUUAACUGACACUCCCCGCCGACGAUACUCAUUGUAUCAAGAGUAACUGCCUGGUCCCAAUCUGAAAUGCUCUGUUGAUAAAUUUCUUCAAAAUGGCGAACAUUCCGACACCGGCACAACUGGCUUAUUUCGCUGCUCACCCCCACGACAAUCUUGUACCAGACAUCAUUGCUUGCUGUUCAGUAUGUGGCAUUGCAGCCGUGGUCUUCAUUCUUUUGCGCCUAUGGGCCAGACAUCUUAUACAUGGCCGUGUGGUUGUAAAUAUGAGUGAUUGGCUCCUCAUCAUAGCUUUUGUAUGUAUUGAAUUCUCUGCAGCAGCAACUCUCAGCUAACCUUCGCAUCAACAGAUUUUCUUUGCUGUGUUCGACAUAUGUUUUGCCUUGACCACCAAAUAUGGAAGUGGGAGGCACAUUAUCUACAUUACCGACGCUAGGAUGUUACAGAUUGUAAGUCAAGAACCCGAGCUCUCUAGAAGCUGCGCAUUUCCUGCCUGCCGUGUGUUGCUAACUUGUUGUCACCCCUCUGUAGCUCAACAUCGUAGACGAAAACACAUAUUGUUACGCCAUGGCCUUUAUCAAGCUCAGUAUUCUGAAGGUGUAUGGAGACAUCUUCCCUUCGAAAAAAUUUCAUUACUGUUUGUGGGCGAUGGCCAUUUUCAUGGGCGCGUGGGCUAUUACGUUUUCGGCGUCGGCUAUCUUUCAAUGUACGCCCAUCGAGUAUAAUUGGGACCUUACCAUCCCCGGGGGGUUUUGUAUAAAUUAUGGUGCCAAUGUCAUGGCGGCUGGUAUACUGAAUAUCUUUACCGACUUGAUCAUUCUUGUUAUGCCCAUACCCUUGGUCUUGAAGCUUCAUACGUCCACACAGAAGAAGCUCCAAAUCAUCUUUGCUUUCGCAUUGGGUAGCAGGUAAGCUACUAAUUAUCCUAUUCCAUUGGACGUAAACCUAACCUUUCUAGUGCUUGUAUUAUUAGUUUCAUCCGACUUGGAUACGGAUCCAAAGUUGGAAGCACAGCCGAUGGAAGCUGUAAGUCUAUGAACUUCGUUGCUUCUUCCUCGUCGCAGCUUCGCUAAUUCGUUUUAGGGGACAACAUUCCUGCCGGAUUAGCAUCUGUCGCAGAACUCAUGAUAGGCAUACUUGCGGCCUCAAUUCCAACUUACCGGCCCAUAUAUCGCAGAUUUAUGAAUGGUUCGGCGAUGGCACAGACACAAGCGGGAUACAACAGCGAUCGUCAAAAUUACGGGAAUGACUCGUCGAUGAACAAAAGUACAUUAAGACGGGUCCAGAUAUUCUCGCAGCAUGAUAAUGAACCUCGAGAGAAAGGGGAAGGAAUUCAUAUCGCUCAUCAAGUAGAAAUGAGUGUUUAUGAUUCGAAGGAAGAGGAUUGGGAUAAGAAAAGGAGACGGCAGAGUGACGAGGAAAGGCUUACAUGAGGAAUCUGUAUCCGGUGUUUCAUAAGUUAGAGUUAGGCAGUGUACCAAUAGUUGGCUCUUGAACGUAUGUUAAAAUAAAAUGUUUAAAUAUUCGAAACUUUGUAACUAGGCUUCAUGUAAACCAGGUUUAAUAAUAAAGAUAAGAUUAAAU